GUGCAACCGUAUUUCAGCACGAUGUAGCGGCGUCCUUGUUCUUUUGGUUUGAUUGCCGUCCACACACACGGAACAAGCUGACGAUUUUGACCCUCCUCGCUUAGCGUCGUCGGAGGCACGCAGCUCAAAAGAGCCGUGUCCUAUUUACCCAUUCAUAUCUGUCGAUCCGAGUACACGUCUUCAUGUUGUGCCUACGAACGUACAACAGUAGACUUUUCAAGUGGACUUCGGAUAUCCAGUGUUAUUCUUGCUUCAUGGAAGGACACGCCGAAUCCAAAAUUCAACUGAUUCGUCGACAUAUCCAUGCAUUUCCGGACUUUCCCAAGAAGGGCAUCUUCUUUAGAGAUAUAUGUCCCAUCCUGAAAGAUCCAAGUGCCUUAACAGCAGUUAUUGACCUGUUUGAAGAGCAUGUGAAAAACGAAAAUUGGGAGGUCGAUCUGAUUGUAGGUUUAGAUGCUCGUGGGUUCCUGUUUGGGCCGCUUCUUGCCCAGCGGCUGGGAGUUGGUUUUGUCAUGGUCAGGAAGAAAGGAAAACUGCCAGGAGCCACUGUGUGUGUGGCAUACGAUUUGGAAUAUGGGAAGGCAGAAGCAGAAAUCCAAGAGGAUGCAGUGACACCAGGGCAGAAAGUAGUGCUUCUUGAUGACCUUCUUGCAACUGGAGGUACUCUGUUUGCAGCAUGCGAACUAAUGAAGAAACAAGAUGCAGAAAUUCAAGGCUGCAUGGUGGUUAUUGAACUGACAGAACUGAAAGGUAUUGACAGACUGAAACCACACAACGUAUUCUCUCUGGUUCAGUACUGACGACGAUUGUAUUCUUUCUGUAAUAAAUUACACAGCUGUCAGGUUUUUUGAACACAUUUUACCACACCAAAGAAAAAUUGACCCUCUUCAACCUGUACUGUCAUCUACUGUAUAAUUUAGGAAUUAAUUCUAAAGUGUUUUUCAAUUCUUUGUUAAUGAUUGUCAUGUGUUGUUGUCUUAAUUAGCUAUUAAAAAAAACUUUUUGUUAUGCACAUUAGGGAACACGGUGAAAUUAAAGAGGAAAAAAUGUAUUCACAAUUGCCAUUGAGAAUUUUAGUGUGUCACUAAAAUGGUUAACUUAAAAUACAGCCUCAAAAUUUUGCAAAUGUGUCAUAGUCGGUGUAUCUAAAGAUUCCUUCAAGUGUAUGAUACUGUAUUUCCUUGUCAGAAGAGUUCCUCCACAGUUUUGAUCAGGCAAAUAUGACUGCUUGUUUUAUUUGUUUAUAAGUCCCUUAGCACAGUAAUGCACAGUAAUGCACAGUAAUGAUUAAGAAACAGAUUUAUUUUUUACUUCAAAACAAAACUGUAAAGCAGUGGAACCCUGCAUGUUGUUUUUUGCUAUCCUUCAUUUUUGUGGUCAAAUACUGUAACAGUCUGUAUGAAUAUACUUUGGUAGAACACUUCUGAGGUUACAGUAAUAAAAAUGUCACGCUAUAGA